AUUCUGUCAUUGUCUGUCACCGACAAUAUUGUAUCAUUUACUAUUUGUAUUUAUAAAAUUCACAAUACUAGAUCAUCGUUUGUGUUUCUAUUCUGACAAAUGUGUUUAUGUUUAUUAGAUACUAAAGUUCGAAUUCACCAUGGUCGUGAAAAGUGGAGAAUCGGAGGGACUCACUAAAAAGUUACGUUUUAAACCUGUGUCCAAUGUUCAACAAUUUACUAGUGAUAAUAACUUUGAAGCUAAAGGCGCGAAAGAAGUAAAGAGCAAAGAUGGACGCAAAUCAGCUUCUUUAUUUGCUUUUCUACACGUUGAGCUGACGAGGGGCUAUAUGCUGGAGCAUGACGAGGAGCGGUUUUCUGCGCGGCGCGAGAAAGUCUACUCGUUUAUAAAAAUACCUCAGGAACUAGAGAAGUUCAUGGCUUAUGGUUUCUUCCAAUGUGCAGAUUCCCUACUGUUUGUGUACACUUUUCUUCCAUUAAGAUUUAUCAUGGCUUUUUGGUCAUUCUUUAGCAGAUUGUUUAGAAAAUGUUUUGGAAUCCAUCCUCACCCAUGGAAGAGCAUCUUAAAGCCUGCCGAGACAUGUGAUGUACUAAAAGGCUUUAUCCUACUGAUCUGCAGUAUUUUAAUGUGUUAUAUUGACACAAAUAUGAUGUAUCAUUUAGUAAAAAGUCAAAGUGUGAUGAAGUUGUAUAUAUUUUUCAAUAUGCUGGAGGUCGGUGACCGGUUGUUUUCAGCAUUCGGACAGGAUACAAUAGAUGCUCUGUUCUGGACAGCCACGGAGCCUAGAGACAGGAGAAGGGAGCAUUUGGGGGUCAUUCCUCAUUUAUUAUUUGCCAUGAUUUAUGUGUUCCUUCAUAGUUUAUUGGUGUUGUUUCAAGCGACAACACUGAAUGUAGCAUUCAACUCUAACAAUAAAAGCCUCCUCAUCAUUAUGAUGACUAAUAACUUCGUCGAGCUGAAAGGCAGCGUAUUUAAGAAAUUCGACAAGAACAACCUGUUCCAAGUAUCAUGUAGCGACGUGAGAGAGCGGCUGCACCUGUCAGUGCUACUCUUCAUCGUGGUGCUGCAGACCAUGAAGGAGUACACGUGGCGGGAGGAGCGCUUCUGGAUACUCGCGCCGGACUGCGUGCUCGUGCUGACCUUUGAGGUCAUCAUUGACUGGGUCAAGCAUGCCUUCAUUACUAGGUUUAACGAAAUCCCAUUCGGCGUGUACCGCGAAUAUACGGUCAGUUUGGCGUACGACGUAGCGCAGACGCGUCAGAAAUACGCGUUCAGCGACCACUCGGACCUGGUGGCGCGGAGGAUGGGCUUCAUCCCGCUGCCGCUCGGCGUGGUCAUCACUAGAGUGCUGGUUCACGCGGUUAAAGUUGACGGAUUUGCAGCGGUGUUCUUGAUAAUAAUAGCGUAUUUGUCCCUGAUAUCGAUCCGGGUGCUUGUGUCCAUCGUCAUUUUGGGGAAAGCGUGUGAUUUGAUCUCGCAGCACCAGACUGAUAAAAACGACAGCCAUCAUACGACGCCUAAAAAGGAACCAAAAGACUUCAUUCCAAAAGAAACCCCCUGCACGUAUAAUUUGAAAACGCCCGAGAAAGAAGUGCCGCCCGCGAAGAAAACUGUUCAGCUGAAGUUCGAGGAACCUGAGGAAGUUAUUAAGACAGAGGCGCUGGUGGACGUGUCAGUGGGCGCAGCGGCCAUCUUCUCAAACAGCGCCAUCGACAUCAACGGCGUGUGCUACCUCAACGACAAGAUGAGUCCGCAGCCCAAGCAGGAACCCGCUGACUUGCUUGACGCCGACUUGGGCGACAUGAGCCGCUCGGCGCCGGACGUGGCGGCGGCGGCGGCGCCGGCCGCGCACGCGCGCGCGCCCGACGCCGAGCGCGCGCCGCGCCGCUCCGAGUCCGAGCCCAACCUCGCCACCGUCGACGACGACGAGCCCGCAUAGCGGUACAAUAUAUCAGCUUUCUUUGUUUUUGGCCGCUGAUACACUUGGGCGUUCACUUGUAAUGAGCAUUUCGCGAACAGAAGAAUGUACAGUCAGCAGCAGAUGUUGCUAAGCGGGCGAGGUGUUCAAAAUUACCUUGACACGCUCUUAUUCUCUUAAAAAUAAAGUCGCGUCAAGAUCAUUUUGAAUACCUGGCCCGCCUAGCAACUUCUGUUGCUGACUGUACAAGCUUGCGUAGAAUGAUAGCCGAAUCUGAUUAAAAGUGCGAAUGCUCGAGUCUAUCAGCACCUUUUGGAUGCCGGAAUGACUUGCUAAAUUCGGCUGUGGAAUUCUGAAUUUUAGAAUUCAAUUCAUAUAUUGCAAAACAUAUUAAUUUGACACAUACUGUACUAUCUGACAUACGUUGUAGGUAUCGUUUGUUAUGAACUUACAAAAACCUAAAUAAAUAUAUAUUUUUUUAUGUUUCCAAUUCGAUUCCAUAGAUAGGUACGAAACAUUUUUUUCACUUCUCAGGCUCAAAAAGUGCACCUUUAUGUCGUGCGUAGACGACAUAAAAUCGCAUUUUAUGCUCUAGAGCAUAAAAGUAAAAUUUUCUUCUAAGACUAAGGUAAUCGGUCUCAACAGCCAAACAGUUAAAACAUAUUGCACAAUUUUACUGAGCAAUAAAAUUGUGUAGAUGACAAAACUUGUUAUAUUAUUUUAUUUUUGCUACAAUUUAUUAGAAAUCCGUAUUUUCUGUCAUUAAAUUUAGUAAAUCACAUAAAAUAGGAGUCGAUUAUCGUUCAAAAAUGCUCCGAAAUGUUUGACUUGGCAGAAAACCAAGCAUCUGAAACUGAUCACAUGUUGAAAAUUAAAAAAAAAAGUUAGUUGGCGGGAAUUGGUUAUGUAUUAUGUUCUUUCGCUUUACGACAAUUUCGUGGUGUAAAUUGCCGUGAAAAUGUGUUUUAUUUUCCUCGCAAUCGAAGUGAAAAGCAGAGUGUACAACAAGGGCAUAAAUGUCCAUUUUUACCCUCGUCUACUAUUUUGGUCUUCGCUUCGCUCAGACCAAAAAAUUGCCUCGGGUGAAAAUGGGUCACUUUAUGCCCUUGUUGUACAAUCUACUAUUAUCAAACCAAAACCAAACCGCCUGUCACCGUUAAAGCGUUAAAAUACCUGCUCUCUACGUUUUUCUAUUAAUCUUGUGGUGUUUUAUUUCAUGUGUGCUAUUAAAUAAUUUAUUUUAAAUACAGCCAAAUACCCUAUUGUAUUGUAUUUAUUUAAAUCAAGUAACGUGGCUCAUAAAAGUUUUGAAACAUACAAAAAUUUAAAUCAAACUUAAAAUUAAAAUAUUUUGAUGCCAGAAUUCCAGCAGUGAAUUCAGCAAGGUAUUCUGAUUGUAUAAGCCUGGCUUAAGGCUUUAGUUUAGUGAAUCUCUUUCGACUAAGACGGUUGCUACGGGACCUUCAUCGAUAGGACAUUUGACAUUUUGCGGCACUUAACCUCAUUUUUUUUUUUUUGCGGAAAGUGUCAGGGAUAGGGUUGCCAUAUGGAAGAAUUAAAUGUCCUGAUAAAUAUCCUGACAUCACCCUAAAAAUCCGGACAUUUCUUGUAACAGAGAUUUGGUGUAGGCGUGUGUAAACUUGGUAAUAAAUAUAUCACAUAAACAUUUUUUUUAUAAAGUUAUUCUAAAAAUCCGGACACUUGCCAAGUCCGGCCGCAAUCCGGACAAAGAGUCAAAAAUCCUGACAUGUCCGGACAAAUCCGAACGUAUGGCAACCUUAGUCAGGGAUGACUAGAUUUUACUGCAAUAUCUUUGUGGAUGUCUAGUCUAAAGAGAUUUAUUAAAACUACUAUAAUAUCUUAUUUAUUUUUAAUCCGAUCGGUCUAGUCUAACACUUGUGCUCUAUACCUACGUGAUACGGUUUUUAAGAAGUUAUUAAUUAUUAUUCUUAACACACUUCAGAGGAAUUCAUUUAUUAUACACCGUGUUUUUAUUGAAUUCCGUUAACUUCGGGGUAUGGUUAAGUACCUUUAAGAGAACUAAAUGGCAGAAUUAAUUAAAAAAAUAAUUUGUUUUUGUUUUAAAAAAAUUCAGUUUAAAAAGUAAUUAAAUGUAGCAUAUAGCGUAGUUGUAAAACGGGCAGUACAUUUAACUCAACCAAACAAUUGAAAUCUGUGACAUAUCAAUGUCAUUUCGAACAUCGAUCGACCGAGAUUGUAAAUUGAUUGAUUGUACUCAUUCUAAACACUAAUCAAUAUGUAAUCCGGCCCUAAGGCACACGCUUGUAGAUGCCUUAUAGGAAAAAAAUGAAUUAUUGAUUAUCUACGAAAUGGAGUUAUUUAGAUUUUAUAAUUAUUCUACCGAUAUUAUAUCGGUGUCUUUGAGAAAGUUACUUGAUUUAAGCUCAGGAAUGCACCCUCGAAAUUAACGGAAAAAAAUACGGUGUAUAACAAUAAUUUUUGACGGAAUUAUAUUUUAUGUAUUUAUAUUUUGCGGGUUUGAAAUGUUUUAAGUAUUAGUAAAAUAAAUUAAUAUAUGUUGACUUAUAUAGCUACUGAGAAACAUGUCACACUAUAAUGUUUUGUUUGAAAGUAACCAAACAAUGUGCUAAAUAAACAGUUAGAAACAUAAAUUCUUAAUUUACCCACACUGAAAAUAAUAAUAUAAAAUAAAUACAUUGCUGACGUCGGGUCGACUAAACUUUAAAACUGAAAUAGUACAAUGAAAAUGACAUUUCUAUCUAAUUGAUUUGUAAUUUCAGUACAAGAUUAAAAUGUGUUUUGAAAUGACAGAACGGUCGGUCCUAUUGGGGCAAUCCACUUGUCAUUUUAAGAUCAGAGAUAAAAAAAAUGUUUAUAGAAAAAGCUUGCGUAAAUGAGUGCCUGUAAGAUUAUAGUCUCCUGGACUAAAAGAGUUGCAUAUAUUUAGUUAUGUAUUAUUAUGUAUGUAGGUAUAAUAUAUGUGACUUAUAUGAGCUAUAUAGUAUAUGAACUACUUACAGUAGUAGGUAUUUAAUUUAGCUUAAAAUUUAAGACUGAUGUCACUUGGGUGCUUAGAAAAAAGUCGUUUCAUAAUGAAUAAUGAUUGUUUGUUUGGUUUGUUCCUAAUGAUGGUUUGACUUUAUGGUCACUACGUAAUUGUAUCAUUUCUGUGGCACCACAUACAUAUUUCAAAACGCAUUCAUUGGUGAUAUUUUUAAGCUGAAUAAAUAUGACAUGUCCCAGGGACAUUGUCAUUGACAUUGUCCCUGUCUCCGGUCUUCAAGGAAAAGCUUAUAUUGUAAAUAAGACAUUAUUUUUACGAUUUAUUUAUUAAAAUCUAUUAUUCUUCAUCAGUCAGUGUAACAACUGUAUCUUUUCGGACAAUGUAGUGGAGGAUACGUCUACUUUAAACCUAAGUGUAUACAGAAUAGGGAUAGUUAUAUAACUUAUGUAGUAUGAUUUUGUUGAAGUGGAGUUUUUCUAUGAAAUAAAUUAUUAUAAUUUGUUUAUUAA